AUGUGUGUAUCAUCCUCGUUGUCGGAUAGGAGUGACGACCUGAUCAAGGCUGUGUGUGUCUAUCCUGACGACAACUUGUUAGGCAACGGGCAUGCCCCAAAACAACAGACGAGGGCACUGAUGCUCAUCCAUGGCAAUGGCCUCCGGCUUGAAAUUCCGGUGGGGGGCUUUUUUGCAGCCCGCGGCCCCCAUGUCGCAUGCACCCGGCUUUCGACAGCCAUGCCGACGGUGAGAUGGCAACAGGCGGGCGGGUUAAACCUCUUGCCGGCGGUUUGGCGACGGCGCGCCACGGGGACGUGCGUCAAUCGCUCGACCUCCCCGACGGUGUGGAAACAAAACUGGCAAUGUGACGUCGACAGGGUUCCCCAGAUUUUGGCCGGGUCGGAGGGGGGCGGGGUGAAGGGCGAGACACGCGGUCUAACAAGCAUGGAAGUUGUCUGGAAUGAACAGGGCUUCGAGACCUGCUAUGACCUGUAUGGGCCCUCCUGCUUGAUGGCUGUUACUCCGUGUCGACCAGCAGGUACUACUUAG